UUGGUCCUUGACUGUGUUCACUUAUGACGGAGUGGUCCUCAUGCUUUGAAAAUGAGUGUUUUUCAUCCCUGAAUGUGCUGCUGUCGGUCAAGUUAGUCAUUGGUUCAGUUUUCCGUUAGCCCCUCAAACAGAAAACACCACAUGUCACGUUUUUUUACACGUUGGCAUCCUACUUGGCUCCUUAUUCAUAUUCCCUCAGAAACUUCACUGUCAAACAAGUCCUUGGAUAGGUGUCGAUCCUCUAUUGGAUGCCAAAGUCGGGCAAAUCAGUCUUUGCCAGCUUCUUUUAGAAACCAAGCGUUUCUUCACCUCUUACCCAUCAGAUAAACAGCCAAAAACACAGAGAGAGGAGAGUGAAGAACGGCUGAAGAACCCUAGGUUUCUACUCCAUUGCAAACGCUAUGUGGUGUUUCCGUAUGAGAGACUAACGGAAAACUGACCCAAUGACUAACUUGACCGACAGCAACACAUUCAGGGAUAAAAAACACCUAUUUUCAAAGUAUGAUAAUCACUCCGUCAUAAGUGAACAUAGUCAAUGACCAAAAUGCAUGUUUACUCAGAAAAAAACUAAAAAUUAAAGACCAAAUUUGCGUUGACACUUGACACUUGACAAGAGCAAAUAAAGCAGAAUUCCACCAUAUCACAAUCUGAUCGCGGUACACGACGACGCCGUGGUUUCUAAUUUUGUUCUGUUUUCCUCUCAAUCUACGUGCCAUCCACCAACAUCAAAUUUCCAACACCUGUGUGUUCUGUAUUCUAACACCUGUCAAUUGCCAGAAGCUUCAAGAUUUCUCAUCACUGCGUUUUACCCUCUCUUGCUAUAUUAAUGGGGUCUGCGUUUAGUUCAGGGUUGAGCAAGGAAGAGAUGGAAACGAUGAUGAAUAAGGCUAAGGAGUUAGCUUCCUCUGCUCCUGUCUUUGUCUUCAGUAAGACUUACUGUGGUUACUGCAAGCGGCUCAAGGAUCUCCUCACACAACUAGGAGCAACCUACAAGGUCAUUGAAUUGGAUACAGAACGUGAUGGAGAUGGUAUUCAAUCAGCUCUAGCUGAGUGGACAGGUCAGAGGACGGUGCCAAACGUGUUCAUUGGAGGAAAACACAUUGGUGGUUGUGACACUGUUUUGGAGAAACACCGGGCAGGUCAAUUGGUUCCCCUUCUCAAUGACGCUGGAGCCAUUGCCAAUAACUCUGCUCAGCUCUGAAAAUCCACGGAAUGUUUUCUUCUAUAAGCUGAGAAAAGGAAAACGUAUAUGCUGAAAUUCUGAGAAUGUUUUGUAUGGAUAUAAAGGGCAACCAAUAAGCACUGUAAUGUGCUCUAGUAUGGGAAAGAGGAAUCCUCUUGUGACAAUAAGAGGAAACCUAAUCAUUGUCAUAAAUGUGUGUAUGUAACAUCAAAAUCGAAAAUAUGAAAUUGUGUGAUUAUUUUUAAUGGUUAUUUAGUUUUUGCA